UUUGCGAUUCCGUUUUUAAGAUCAUCCGGGGGGAAGGGGAUAUUUUUGGUUGGAUAUUCUGAUUAACAAAACUACUCACUAAAGUCUAAAUUGCUUUUGGCACGAAGGUAUCCUGCAAAUAACACUGUACGGUAAGCAGAAGACCACAGAAGACAAGACGCGGCAUUUUCAGCGAGAAUAUUAUGUUUCACUAAACAACGAAACUUCUCAUGGACGUUUAGUUCUUAAAACGUCAACGGCUCUGCCCUUUCGAUCUCUCCUUUGGACUUUGUGGCAGUGGCACCUGUGCUUUUACCUGACGCCUAAAUUCGUGCUUGUGAAGCAUAAAACUAGAAUCGUGUUGACCCCAGUUCUAUUGAAAUGUCUGUAUUUGGCCGUGUUGGAAAUUGUUUGACAUUUUUUAAACAGCCACAACGGUAUAUUCUUGCCAAGGCAUCUGCUACCCAAGAAAGCGAUGGGAAAAUACUUAAAAUACCCGAGCCUCAACUUGACAUUGAUCGAUAUUGUGAUCCAAACUUGACUGAAUAUUUUGCCAAUAAUGUUAGCAAACGAAAAGGAAUAGGAAGUAUUUCAAGAGUUAUAGAACUGUAUAAUAAACUUGCAGAGAAGCCUGAUGAGAUGAUUCGCCGGGAACUGAUUCAGGAAGCAUUGAAGAUACCUAAUGAAACGCACGCACAGCCCGCUGCGUAUGGCAAUGAUCCCAAAGUUAUUAAGCUAAUGGGAAGUACUCCAAAAUAUUCCUUCCAGCCAAAACCAUUCGACCAGCUCAUGGAGUAUACUGAUCAAUUUCGAAUGAAAGAGCUUACACCAUUUGCUGGACACAAGGCAUAUUACUUAUGCAGAGAAUUAGCAGAACUAGAACAUGCCCUCAUCAAAUAUGUCGUUCAAAGAUUAAGUAAGAAAGGCUUUGCGUUUAUAUCAGUCCCUGACAUUUUGCACCACCAGAUCAUUGAGUGCUGUGGUGUUGCUACCAAGGGAAAAAGAAACAUAGUGUAUCGUCUGGAUGCUGAUAAGCAUUUGGCAAGUGCUGCAGAAGGUGAACUAUGCCUUUCUGGAACAGCAGAGAUGGCUCUUGGGGGCUUUCUGAUGAACAAAAAGAUCCGAAGAGAAGAGCUGCCCAAGAGAUAUGUGGCCGUCAGCAGAUGCUAUAGAGCAGAAACUGCUGAUGUCGCAGCUGAACGGGGAUUGUACAGGGUACACCAGUUCACCAAAGUGGAGAUGUUUGGUGCCUCAACCUCAUGUCAGUCCGAAGUGCUAUUGGAGGAAUUCCGGGCAAUUCAAGAAGAAAUUUUUAACUCAUUUAAUCUGCACUUACAAGUUUUGGACAUGCCACCUCAUGAGCUUGGUGCUCCUGCUCACCGCAAGUAUGACAUAGAAGCUUGGCUCCCAAGCCGGAACGUUUUUGGAGAAGUAUCCAGCUGCAGUAAUUGCACAGACUACCAAGCUAGGAGACUCAACAUCCAAUGUGUCACAGAUGAUCCAGCUCAGAAUGAGUUUGUCCACACUGUCAAUGGGACAGCAUGUGCUAUCCCUCGCUUGAUUAUGGCAAUUUGCGAAACACAUCAGCAGAAGGAUGGAACUGUGAAAUUACCGGAAGUUCUUCAACCAUAUAUGUCACACAAAGAUGUAAUUAAGCCCUCAAGAAGUGUUUCAAAGUUUGUGAGGAGAUCCAAAGAAUUUUCCAGACUGAUUAAUUUAGAGAAAAAUUAAAGUAUUCAGAGAACUUUUUUCAUUAUAAAGCAAAUUUAAUAAUAUACAAUAAAAGGAGGGUAAAACA